GGAUCUCUCACUUCGCAUCAACUCAGAAAGGAGGGACGGUUGACACUUCAUGUUUGCAUGAUUUAGCCAUUGAUAACAAUGUAAGUGAUUACACCUAUACUCCCGAAGAUGAACGUUUGUUUUUGCUUGACUUGUAUGAUGCAACGGGCGGCCCUUACUACUGGAACAAGAAAACAGGAUGGGGAAACAACAGCACCAUACAUCACUGCAAAUGGUUUGGCAUACAUUGCUACAAGAACAGUAGCUAUAUCAAAUGGAUUGAUUUGACUCAUAACGGCCUGACUGGACAAUUGCCAAAUUUUUGGAAAAUCCGUAAUGUGCAAGGACUAUGCUUGUCAG